AUGACUGCUUCGGCUGAUGAUGCUGCAUUUCAUUUGCCCAAGCUGCGCGUCUCCUUCGGCUUCGAGAAUGACGCCAAAUUUCUAAACAAUGGCGACGAUGUUUCGGAGUUCUUUGACGUCAAAUUCUGUCCCUACCAGCCACUAGACCGCGAUCCGGUAUUCGCCGCCGUGAGCAAGAAACACGUUGUCAUAUGUAAACUCUCAUCCGAUACAGGUGAUGCCAAUCCUUGCUCAAUUCUCUCGAUAAUAAGAGACGACGAUGAAGAUGCAUCAGGCUGCUGCUGUACCUGGACCAAGGACCCCGUUACUGGAGCACCAUACAUUUGCAUAGGAGGCGUGGACGCCAAAGUCAAGAUCUACGAUGUGAGAAAUGGCACACUCGUAAACUGCUUCUAUGGGCAUGGAGGCGACGUCAAUGAUCUGGCAACUUCGCCAAUAGACUCGUCCAUCAUCGCUUCGGCCUCCAACGACACGAGCAUUCGAAUAUGGAGCGUCGACAAAAAGUUCAAAGCACAGCCAUGCCUGUGCAUCCUCGCUGGAGAGGGACACUCCUGGAAUUUGCUAAGCCUGUCGUUUCACGACACUGGACGCUAUCUUCUUUCAGGCGGGCAUGAUCAAGUCAUUAAUCUCUGGACAAUGCCUAAACUUCCAACGGAGCCGGUCGUCACGCCGCUCCAAGUACACUACCCGCACUUUUCCACAUCGGCAGUCCAUAGCGGUAUUGUAGAUUGCGUCGCCUUUUUCGGCGACUAUAUCCUGUCCCGAGCAUGCCAUGAUAACGUCAUCGUGCUCUGGCGCAUCGAGGGCUUCUCCUCGGAAGGUCCGCCACCACCACAGAGUGCCGCGCCGACGGCGCAGACCGUCGUGCCCACGAGCCUUGACGACCAGUCGCGGCUCACGCGCUCCUACUUUGCGCCCGCCGCGACGCCCGAGUGCCCGUCGCAGUACACGCGGCUGCUCGAGCUGCACACGCCCAACUGCGGACCGCAGUUCUUCAUGCGCUUCGGCCUGCACCACGUCCCGGGGCAGAACCCCGUGUUGGCCUUUUGUAACGCCGGAGGCAACAUUCUGUUCUGGGACCUGCGCCGCCUCGGCGUCUACCACGACGUCAUGCUCGACCUGCGCGACCCCGAGCGCGACCGCAGCCGGCCCGCGCCGCGGCCCACCUGGCUCAAGCCCAUCAUACCCCGGCAGCGCGCCGACAUGUACGGCCACGUCAAGGGCAGGAAGGAGAAGCAGCAGCAGCAGCCGCACGUGGCGGUGUCGGUCAGCACGCGCCAGUCCUCGACGUCGUCGCGCGGCGGCAGCGCUCAGGGGCUGGCGGGUGGUGUUGGUGCAGGAGGAGGGGGAGGAGGCGCAGAGGACACUGCGUGCGAGUUUAGCGCAGAUACGCUCGACUCCUGGGCGGCCAAGUACAGCACGGAGGAUCCGCACGAACCCGUCAAGGCGCACCGCACCGAGUCGUCGACGUCGACUUUUGUCGGACGCCAGGCAGCAUGGAGUCCAGGCGGCGAGUGGUGCGUCGUGGUGGGCAGCUCCAACACGACCUUGGUGCUGCAGCGCUGGGCGAAAUGA